AUGGCACCAAUCAGCCUAAUUUUUUCUCGCGAUGAGAAACCCAAGGAGAACUCGUGGAGUACUGCCGCAAUUGUCUCCUUGUCGAUUUUCACGUUCAUCACUGUAUCGACCAUCGUUACCAUCACUGCCUACUAUCUCCACCGACGGGCCCAACAUAAAAAGCUUCCGCCAGAGAUGAGACCUGUUUCCUACCAUCCCUUCCGCACCCAAUCCUCAGACAAGGCUGCCCUGUUGCAGAACGGUGCUCCGUCUCCCGAGGAAGACAAGACAAGCAUGUUCAGUCGAGACCGUGGUUCAAGUCUAUCACUCUAUGUCGAUACCCAGCACCAGGACAGGCGCGCCAGUAUGGAAACGAUCAACCUCAUCCCACUCCACGUCACUCCUGCCGAAGAAGCUCGCGACCCAUUGUCUCAAAAUGAUAGUAAUGGAAGUGGCGUCAGUGGAAGCAGCCGCUCUAGCAGGAGAACGAGCGAUACACUCGGAGUGAGCACCAUCUCUGUUCCUGAGGGCGCCGCGAGCGUAGGAGGCAGGCCCACGAGACCUAGGAGCACGAGUUCUACGAGCCAAAGAUAUUACGAAGUCACCACCACGAAUCCCUCUCCACAAGUACCUAAGAUCGUACAUACUCCCUCCGAAUGA